AUGCCUUCGACAGAAACUACGCUGUCGACAAAGUCUUCCACCAGAGACAAUAAACACCUUCAGGACAAUCUAUUAAAGGACCUGCCACCAACGCCAACGGAGGCAAACAAUAGUCCGAAAGUGUUUGUCACUCAAACCAAGUAUUACAAAGAAAGAACGUUGCACGGGAACACAGAUAUUAUGGGACUUAACGGCUCCAUCUCUCGCGACAACGAACCACAAAGUCAAACAAGUAACGGUUUGGUAGUUGGUAAUAUUAGUAGGGCUGGAUCGGACGCUAGCGAGGGCAUACAACGGGCUAGGCACAACGGUCCCACACCACAGCUUACCUACAACGUUUCUGUUGACGAAGAACAUUGUGUUAUGAAUACUGAUACUAUAAUGGGCAGAGAGGCUAAACAACAAUCGCAACAGUUAUCGUCUUCGUCAGUCGAACCCCAGCCGCCACCACAAUUCAUUGGUAAUCCGUUACCAGGAGCAGUAAUAUUUGCUGAUGAUGUACCGGAAACGAGAGACCACAAUGGAAAGGUUAAGCCAAAGAAAGUCUUGGGUCCAUAUGUUCUUACAAAGACACUUGGUGCUGGAAGUAUGGGUAAAGUGAAAUUGGCUGUACACGAACAUACCGGUGAAAAAUUAGCUGUGAAAAUUAUUCCACGAGUUCAACCUGGUGAUAGAGACAACAAAGAAAAUGAUUCAUCUAAUAAGGAUGACAACAAGGAAACACGUACUAUCCGUGAAGCUGCUAUAAUGCUUCUUCUGCAUCACCCGUAUAUAGUGCAGUUGAAGGAAGUAAUAGUGUUGCCUCAUCAUUAUUAUAUGUUCUUUGAGUAUGUUAAUGGUGGGCAGAUGCUGGAUUAUAUUAUUAGUCAUGGAAAACUAAAAGAGAAGCAGGCAAGAAAGUUUGCAAGACAAAUUGUGAGCGCAUUAGACUAUUGUCACCGCAACUCGAUCGUACAUCGUGACUUAAAGAUUGAGAACAUUCUCAUCUCUAAAUCAGGAUCAAUAAAAAUAAUCGAUUUCGGAUUAUCCAAUCUAUACUCGCCGCGCUCACAUUUAUCGACGUUUUGCGGUUCUUUAUACUUUGCUGCGCCUGAAUUGUUAAAUGCAAAAGUCUAUACAGGACCUGAAGUGGAUGUGUGGAGUUUUGGCAUUGUAUUAUUUGUUCUCGUAUGUGGAAGAGUGCCCUUUGAUGACCAGAGUAUGCCUGCAUUACACGCAAAAAUAAAGAGAGGCGUUGUGGAAUAUCCGCCUUGGCUUAGUAGUGAAUGCAAAAGUUUACUAUCACGAAUGCUCGUCACCGACCCAAUGAAACGAGCUUCUCUUUCGGAAGUAAUGAAUCACCAGUGGAUGAAUAAGGGCUGCGAUGGUCCACCGGAGAAUUACCUGCCGCAGAGGAUGCCUCUCACAAUGCCGCUCGACAUUGAUGUAAUUAGAGGCAUGUCCGGGUUCGAGUUUGGUACCGAACAAGACAUCAAAAACCAACUAGAAGCAAUUAUCCGCAGUGAUUCGUACCAGAGUUCGAUCAAAGCUCAGUUUUACAGACAUACCAGUGCUUCCGAAGAAGUCAAAAGACGAAACAUAGGGUUCGGAACUAAUAGAACAUUCGGAUUUGGGAGUAGCGAUAGAUUAAUCACCGCCGAUCCAACACAAGCCGUCCAUCCACUUAUCUCAAUAUAUUAUCUCGUAAGAGAAAAGAUGGAUCGAGAACGUCUAAAGUCACAGGGAAAUACGGCAAAAUUUGGUUCAUCAAGUUCCCUCGAAAUACCCAGCAUAUACACAUCUUCCAUUGUUCCCCCAGACCCAUCCCAUAUCAACAACAACAGCUACGAAACAAACAUACGCGAUCCAAACAUGGCCCAACUCCAUGCAUCUUCAUCUGUCGUCCGUCGGGCAACCGUACCGUCGGGAACAAGACCUCGAUCAAGAACAAACGGUGAGACUGAACUAAACGCAAUUAUUACGACUUCACCUGUUGCUGACGAAAAGAGAAUCCCAGAGGAACUUCUUGACGAAACGACUGGUGAGUUGAGUUAUGGAAGAAAGAGUAGUAAUGAACAGUCACCUGUACAAAGUACGACCGGAGGACUAAUGCGACGCUUGAGUUUAGCGGUUAUCGGUUACACGCGUGAGACGUUGUCACCUCCGCAUUCACCAACCAUGGCGUCACCGGGGAAAAACGUGAGCGAACACCGACGGCACGGGUCAACUCCCAUGGGUCCAAAAAGGGAAGCGUCUGGUCAUUUUUCGAAUCGAAUUUCGAAUAUGCUGUCCAGAGCCACCUCUGUGUCAGAAGCCGAUUAUAAGCGGCAUAGACAGCGUCACUCUGUUAGUAAUCAAAGAACUGGUGUGUCUACAAAGAUUAACAGUACCAAGGCUCCGGUAGGUCAAUUACCACAAGUAAUUGAACCGACACUGUUUGCGUCUCCUGGUGAUAAACCUGCCAGUGCUACAUCUAGUCGUUCAUCUCAUCAUCGGAGUACUUCGUCGAGCGGUACUCAGAUGCUGAAAAAGUUUGCUUCCGGUAGUCCAAUCGAGCCAUCUAGACCCGAAGUUGAUUUUACUUUUCCCCCUUCCAGUUCUGCUCAUUCAUCUUUACCUGAUGGCACGGCCGAUUCGUACAUUCGCCCCGUUUUUCUCAAGGGGCUUUUUAGUGUGGCCACUACCUCUACCAAACCGCCAUCUGUUAUUCGUCAAGAUUUAAUCCGUGUUUUAGACCGUAUUGGUGUCAAAUGGCGUGAAGGGCGGGGCGGGUUCGAAUGCGUACAUAUACCGAGCAUAGAUUUAAAGACUGCUGUUGGUAGCAAUCAAGCGCAUGGCGGGAGAAACGGUCACUCUUCAGCCGCCAAUAAUCAUGUUCACUCUAGUCGACAUGAUCGUCGGGGAAGUCAAACGUCCUAUAAAGACAGUUAUGCACAAGGACAAAAUCUCCAUUUCUCACCAGACGGUGAAGUACGUUUGGCUUUACCCUCUCGACAAGGGAACGAGGAGGCUAAUAGUGGUAGUGGCGGGGCCACUGCUAAUGUUACUGAGCUUGUUGUGAGAUUUGAGAUUUUCAUUGUGAAAGUGCCUUUAUUGCUUGGCGUGCAUGGCUUACAAUUCCGGCGCGUUGCGGGUGAUCCGUGGCAAUAUAAGAAUAUGUGUUCAAAAAUACUUGGCGAACUGAAGUUAUGA